AUGCUGACCAAAUCGAUGGACCAUAAUGUUGGCCACCACGAGGUGUGUGUUGAGGUGCACAUGCUCAAUUUCACGCUCAAAGGUGGGCCCCCCUGGGGUUUCCGCAUCAAACAGCGCAGGGAUAGAGUGAUCGUCUCAAAGAUCAACUGCGGCAGCAGAGCCUCCAAGAGUGGGCUUAGAGUACACGAUGAGAUCAUCGCAGAGAUUAGCGAAUCGGACCAAUUGACAAAACUUGACUUUACUUAUCAAUUAAUUAAACACACACUCAAUCGACAGUUGCAUUUAAGUGUUCGCAGGCACAGCGACUCUGAGUUGGCCCGACAUAUAUACUAUCACGUCGAGGAUGAGGAAGACGAAGGUAUUGAUGAGGAAAACAGUGAUAAAGACGAUGAUUAUGACAAUGAGUGCAAUGAUUUCGUUGAAAUCAAUUCUGACGACGAAACUAACGAUAAAUCAAAUGACAAUUCAUUAAAUUAUAACUUGUGUUACGAUUAUGUCCACGAGUUUAUGUCGGAUAAUGUUUUGCCACAACUUAUCGGCGGUUUGGAGACCAUCGAUGAGGAGGACGACGAAGACUUGAGUUCUUGUUCGUCGUCUGAAUGCUAUGCAAUUGCUUGUGAUAAUAGCACUGCUCUACACCAACAACACAGUGAGGAAGAAAUCCUCUCGCCUUCUGAAGACUUCGAUGGCAACGAUAUACUGAUACCACCGCCUGAUAUAGACUUUGGCGAAGACGCCGAGUCGCCAAUUGCCGCCUUCUUCGAGCACAUUGACCAACAAAGCGAUAAGACAUCAGAUAUCCUUCCAUUAGCGUUGUCUCCCGACUCGGAUGAUAGCGAUAUGCCCGCCACCGCCGGCCCCACAUUCAAAGCCAAAGCACCAAAAAAUGUCUGGAGUCCCGGCAGUACAACCAAUAGUGAGCACUCAUCGAGUACUGAGACGAUUAUUCCCGCGACAGCCCUUCAAUUUUCAACCCCAGAUCACGACAGUUAUCAUCACUCGAAGUUGUCUUCUUCAUCAGUUGGCGGUAAAUACCAGUCCGACAGUCAUCUGAUUGGUGUCCCCCUCUCGCCGACGGCCAGCGAAGUGACGCCAAACGAUCACCCGAUAGACAAUGUGACCGAAAUCUAUGACCCGAACCAAACGGUGACCCCAACACACAAAUACUGGACACUUCCCCGCAAUAUAGCGACCGCUACUAAAGCUCAAUACUUAAUAGAAGACGAGAAAGAGUCACAACAACACGACACUAGACAGUCAUCACACAUACAACUCCAUCACAGCCACAGCCAUAGCCAUAAGCCGCAGACUGAGCGCCACAUUCACCGGCAAAUCAUAACAGAUCUUCCGCCGCCUUCCAGUGCUAAAUAUUUAUACGAAACAGAAAACACCAAAUACUUCACUCUUCCCACCGAAACGACAGAUACUGUGACCACAACCAGAAAAGUAAUCCCAGCGCCGCCUAAAUCCGAUGGCAUCGGACCCGUCACCGAAAGCGGAAUACCUAUUGCGCUGAAAUCUGGCGUCAAAGAGGAGUACGCGUCCGAUUGGUAUAAGGCUUGGGUCAGGAAAAUGCAUAAAUUCGACAGAACUCACCCUCAAGAGGACGAGGCUUUUAAAAUCAAAGUCAAGCCCACAAAAUACAAAGGAAGAGACUAUCGGCUCAGUCCCGGACUCAACGAAGAGGAAAGUAAGCGCCGACACAUAUAUGUGCCCAAAAACAUCGCUGAGUACGAGACGGGACAUUCCAGUAUAUCAGAACUUGAAAAGCAAAUGGAACCGAUGCCACUUUCCAUCGCUAACAUUAUGCCUCCAAUGCUAUCCCGCGGCCGCACGAUUCAGGAAAGUAGAGACGACAUGGACUUACAUCACCGAACGGGAGGCUCUCAUCCCCAGCCCUAUCAUCACCCGAAUUGUGUCUUCAAUACGUUGACGACAGGCAGUGGCUAUGAAUCGGAUUCUUCUUAUAUUAUUAAGAAGAAGGACUCACAGAGAAGUCUGUCGCCGACCUCUCGAGAUGUUUACCUUUCGGUGCAAAGAGGAGAUGAUAUUCCUCUGACAGGACUGCGAAGGCCUGCACCACAACCUCGCGCUCACAAACGUAAGUCU